UUCCUCAAUACAGAGAUGUCUUGUUUUCGCGGCGAUCCCAACUUCUGUCCAGAGUGUGGGAAUGUUCUUCCUCUACCAGGGCUUCUAAACGCCGUGCGGUGUCCCCGCUGUUCCUUCUCCAUCGCUGUAUCGGAGUUUUCAGGUCGGGAAAUUCGCUCAACUGUUGUCUUUAAUCCAUUGGACAAGUCCUCUCUGGUUCAAGAGGAUAGCGAUGAGUCUAAAAUGAAGGGUCCUGUGAUCGACAGACGUUGUUCCCGCUGCAAUAAAGAAGGCAUGAUUUAUCACACCAGGCAAAUGAGAUCUGCAGACGAAGGCCAGACCGUCUUCUUCACUUGUGUACACUGCAGGUUUCAAGAGAAGGAAGACUCCUGA